ACACACUCUCCUGACUUAUCCCCCUGUCACACAGUCCUUCUUGCCAGAGAGAGAGAGAGAGAGAGAGAAAGAGCAGGUUUGAUGCAACACUAAAAGAACCACCGGUGAAUUUCUGGAGGAGCAACAAUAAAUACUGCUAAAAGGAUACUGGGCAAACAAUUUGUGGAACGGAAUUGCAACUUUAACUUUAUUUACAGUUAGUUACGAAGUUGGGAGAUUCUGCAAUAGUUGGUAUUAGUAAGUUAACUAGUGAUUGUAGUGAGAAGAGCUGGUGAAGAACCGAAUCUUCAAUCAUGGAGAAGGUAGAGAACUAUACCAGCCUACACGAGUUUACUGAGGAUAUCUCCAGCAGAGGAAACAAGCCUAUCCUAAACAACCAAAAUACCCAGGGGCUGAAGAGGGGGUCAGAGUGUCUCAGAGGUCAGACUGCCCUCUUUGUGCUGAUUGGUCUAUUGGCAUCCAUCUGUGCCAACAUCGCUCUGAGCGUGCUCUUAUUUAGCAGGCCGUUACCUAGUGUUCCCCUGGAGGCAGCAGCUCUGACCCUGAAGCUGAACUCAGUUCGAGGACGUUAUGUCCGUCUCUGUGAUGACUACUCCAAACUGGGCCAGAGUUGCUCAAAGACAGUAAGGAAGUGUAGGGAGUGUCCUGAGGACUGGAUUCAUGUAGAUGAGAAAUGUUACUCCUUCAGUAAUGACAAGAUGGACUGGCCGAGCAGCAGAGACAGUUGUACUUCCCUGGGCAGCCACCUAACCAUCCUGCACAGCAAGGAACAGCAUGACGCUCUGGAAAAAGAGGCCCGGAGGAUUGGCGGGUUUGACUACCACUUCUGGAUUGGCCUAUCAGAUAUAGAGAAGGAAGGGGAUUGGAGAUGGGUGGACAACACAACACUGACAAACAAGUAUUGGAAUGAGCAUAGCUCUGAGCCUGACAAUCAUCAGUCAGGAGGAUCACAUGGGGAAGACUGUGCCACCUUGGACAGCCAUUCGCUGACCUGGUUUGACGUGCCGUGUGACAACAUCUACAAACGCAUUUGUCAGAUGGAUGCCAUCCGGCUAGACUGAAUCACAGGACUAAAACCAAGCCAUGAACUUCCCAGUCAUCUAGAUCUGCCAUCCAUGUAUUCAUAAAUGAUGGCAAUGUUGUCUUAAAUAGUUGAUCCUUUUUAUGUUUUUCAAGCGAUUUGAGAUGUUUUAGUGCAAUGAAAAGCGCUUUAAAAGUGAAAUUACAGUUCUUACUGGAAACAUCAGAACUGGAAACUGAACUAGGAUAUGGAUCAGCAUUUUUCAGAAACCAUAAAACAAAAUGGGACAGGAGAGGUUAAGGGAAGGACUAAGAUAUCGAAUGACAAGAGGAGAUAAAGAUAGUUUUAUGGUAUAGCUAGUUUCAUGAAAUGUUCAUUCCGUACUGAAAAUAACAGAUGCAAACAUCUAGCAAAUCUGGCACCUUCUGCAAGGAGAAUUUAAAUUCAUGCACUCAAUUUAGUAAAUCAGCUACUGCAAUCAAAGAGGUAGAUGCUCUAAUCAACUCUGCUGCUUGCCAAACUGAUUGCUGUGAUACUAUUGAGCAAUCUGUAUGCCUUUUUUUUAUGUGUGUGAUCUGUACAGAAAUCUCCGAAAUAUACUGUAUUGCUGCACUAACCAUAAAAGUGUAUUCCUGAGAGUUAAUGUGUCAAUAAAAACUGUAUUUCCAAAUGAAUUACUCUUCCUCUGAUGUUUCUUUCUGGUUUGUGUCUGGGUUUUUUCCAAUGCAUGUUACAUUUUACUGGAAUAAAAAAAAAAUGUUUGAAUUGA